AUGAUUAUAAUUAGAGCCUUAAGAAAUACUUUUUGCAGAGCCUCUAUUUCAACAUCUACAACAACAUCAUUUCCUCAAGUUUACAGACAGAAAUCCUAACUCUUAGAAGUAUCAGAAUCAUGUAAAAUUAUCAAUCAAUUACCACAUGAACUCAUAGAACAAAGUUGCAAUAUAAUCACCAAUCAUUUCUUUCCUCUUCAAGAAAACUACAAGCGAAUAAUACCUAAAAUAGAGGAAGUGCUCAAGAACCCUUAAUUAAUAAAAGGCACUAUUUUUUAGGGUCAAGAUUCAUAAUCAAUUGCUGAAUAGAUUUAUGAAAUGGUGAUUUUAAUAGUUGAUUUUGCAGACAAAUUAAACAUUGGUUUUUUGACUGGAGACAUACACCCACUAACAUUUAAUAUUAUUUAGAGAGAAAUUGAAAUUACUUAAGAUGUUGAUCUAUUGAAUGAGAAUCUCAGGAAAUCCUUAUUCAAUAUAGGUAAACAAUAUAAGUUGCCACUUAAUGGUAUUAAACAUCCAGAUAAUGAGAAUCCAAGAAAUCUAUUUGAAAGACAAUUAAUUAUUGAAUAGGUAUCUAAUGAAUUGGCACUUGACAAAUUCUAGUAGGUUUUUGAUGAUUUAUAGAGAAUGUCUAAGGCACAACAUUUGUUUGCUGCUUAGAAAUAUAUUGUUGAAUGGUUUCCUAAGUUAUGUGCUUUAGUUUAGUAGGAGUAAAUCCAAUGCUUUAGUGAUCCUAAUAAAGAACAACAAGGAUACCAUCAAUAUAUCACAGCAAUUUAGAGUGAAAAAUUAGCAAUUAUUGCCUUAUCUGAAUUGAUGAAGGAAUUCAUUGAAGCAGCAGUUUUAUUUCAUGAAGAGAAAACCACCUUAAAUUGUUACUAAAUAAGAGUUACUCGUUUGGCAAAUAGAAUUGGAGAGUAAAUAAUGAAGUAGCAUUUGUAUGAAGAAGAAUAGAAGAAUCUAAGAAGGAAAAGCAAAGAAGAUAUUUAGAAGAUGAUCGAAGAAGGAACUAUACCUUAAGAUUAAUCAGAGGAAGAGAUUUAAAAUUAGAAAGAACUAUUCUAUAAGUAAGCAGUAGUGAAGGCUGGAAAAUUGUUGAAAACUUAAGAAGAGAAGUUAAGAGAGAGAAUUAGAAAUAAUCGAAUUUAUUUAGCUAAAUAUGGUUAAGCUAUGCCAAAAGAUAUUGCAUCUUAAAUUGGUAUGGUAUUAGUACAUUUCUUGGUUGAUUCAAUUAAAUUCAGAAAUGAGAACAAUUUUUGGGUACCUGUGUUAGUCUAAGGAUAUAAGAAAGUAAAAUAGGAUAUUGAAGUAGCAAUAUUCAAUGUGAAUUAAUUAUUCUUGCAUCAUCUAUCAGCUGGAAUGCAUAAGGACAAUUCUUAUUUUAUGCAUUUAGAUAGAGCAUUGCCAAUGAUAUAUCCUCCAGCCAAAUGGAUGGAUACUUAAAUAGGUGGUUAUUAUUUAAAACCUACUAAUUUAAUUAGGAUUUAAGAUUAAUCUUUGUAGGAGGAUGCAGCAAAGAGAGCUAAUCUUUAAAAUUUAUAUGAUAUUUUAGAUAACAUUAGUAAGGUGGCUUGGAGAGUUAAUAAUAAAGUUUUGAAUAUAGCUAUGUAAGUAUGGGAGUAGGGUGGAGGUAUAGCUGAAGUACCAAAAAGACAACAUGAUAAGACUUAUGUUUUUGAACAUCAAAUAAAAGAGUGUAAGUCUUAUGAAGAGAAAUAUUAAUUGUUAAAAAAGAUAUAAUCACAAAGAGAUCUUUAUUCAUUACAGUGUGAUUUUACAUUGAAAUUAGGUGUUGCUUUGGCUUUCAAUGGAUGCUCUAAGAUUUACUUUCCACAUAAUAUGGAUUUCAGAGGUAGAUUGUAUCCAAUACCUCCUCAUCUUAAUCAUAUGGGUCCAGAUAUUGCUAGAGGUUUAUUGGAAUUUUCUGAAGGGAAGAAACUUGGUAAGAGUGGAUUGAGAUGGUUAAAAAUUCAUUUAGCAAAUAAGAUGGGUAAAGAUAAGUUAUCAAUGGCUGAUAGAGAAGAUUAUGUUGAUUAGAAUAUUGAUUCAAUAAUUAAAUGUGCAGAGGAUCCCAUAAAAUAUUAAGAUUGGGCAUAAUUAGAAGAUGCCUGGUAGAGUUUGGCUGCUAUGUUUGAUUAUGUGGCAGCUAUAAAGUCACCAAAUCCAGAAGAGUAUGUAUCUCAUUUGCAUGUUCAUUAAGAUGGAUCAUGUAAUGGUCUACAACAUUAUGCUGCUUUAGGUAGAGAUGUUGAAGGUGCUACCUAAGUGAAUUUAGCUAACACUUCUAAACCAGGAGAUGUAUACACACAUGUGGCUGGUAUGGUGGAGAGGAGAGUAGAAUUUGAUGCUAAGGAUCCUUUAAGCAAAGAUCAUAUAAUAGCAUUAAAAUUAUAGAAUCAAAUAAAAAGGAAGAUAGUUAAAUAGACAGUUAUGACAUCAGUUUAUGGUGUUACUUUUAUAGGUGCAAGAGAAUAAAUACAUAGAUAAUUGAAAGAUAAAGGAAUUAUUGGAGAUGAUGAUCAUUUAUAAUACUAAGCUUCAAUUUAUUUAGCUAGAAUUACAUUAGAUGCAAUUAAAGACUUAUUUGAAGGAGCUCAUAAAAUAAAAUAAUGGUUAAUUAAAUGUGCUACUAUAAUAUCAAAUGAAAAUCAACCAGUUAGUUGGAUUACUCCACUUGGUCUACCUGUUAUUUAACCUUAUCGUUCUUUAAAUAAAUAUGAUGAAGUAAAAACAUUGAUAAGUAAUGUAUCAAUUGAAGCAGAUGCUGCUAAUGUAAAAUAUUAUAUAUUAUAAAUUUAGUUGCCAAUAAACAAGGUUAAAUAGAGAUCUGCAUUUCCACCAAACUUUAUUCAUUCUUUAGAUUCAACACAUCUUAUGUAUUCAUCUAUUGAAUGUCUAAAAUAGUAUUAUAUUAUGAUUAAUUAUGAUUAGAGGAAUAACAUUUGCUGCAGUGCAUGAUAGUUAUUGGACUCAUGCUUGUCAUGUUGACAAAUUAAAUGAAUUAUUGAGAGAUCAAUUUGUAAGAUUACACUCUCAACCACUUUUGGAAGAUUUGAGAGAUUCAUUUUAGAGAAGAUUUCCUCAUUUAGAGUUUCCUCCAAUUCCAGAAAGAGGAUAAUUUGAUUUAGAGAAAGUCAAAUAAAGUGUGUAUUUUUUUGCUUGA